UGGAGCAAAGAGGCAGAGAGAGGCAGAGAGACCGAGAGAGAGACCGAGAAGGUGUUGGCACAUAGUAGUUUUUGGGUAGUUUGACUUUUGGGACUGAAACAGACAAACAGAAACAAAUGAAAGAGUUCAACAUGGCGUUAUAGAUGUUGUUUUUUUUUCCUAAGGAGAAGAAGAAGCCGAUAUUUGGGAUGUGAAGAGUGAACCGAGAGAAAACAACAACAAGGACCUGGAACCAACCUGCAGCUUGGAGGUCAAGUUGCUUUGACCUCUGUUUUAGGAUCAACUUGCUAAUGCUUCACCACCAUCAAAGGGAAGUUAUAAACCUAACUUAUAAGGGAAACCUCUAAUUCAUUUUGUCUAACUCCUUUGCAAAGAAGAGACUGUGAAGACCUUUAACUGACAGCAUCAACAAACUGCUCAGUUCAUCUUCUGGUAACAAACAUUACCAGCUACCGCUACCGCCAACAGCUAGCACCUUUCCUCGAGGAAGUCUUCAGCAGGACUGACCAGCAGCUGUCACAUUGUUGUGGUGAAGAUGACAUUCGCCAUGCUGCGCACGGCGCCUCCCGCAGGCCGCUUCUUGUACGGCGACAUCGCCCUCCUCUCUGAAGAUGACGACGAGAACGGCAGCGAGGGCUCGGGCUCCGAGGAGCGCAACACCAAUUCAUCCAACUACCGCCUGUCCUCCUCGUCCCCAUCUGCCUUUCACAUCAAGGUGAACAGGAAGAGGAAGCUGUGCGGGGGAGUAGGGGGCGCGAUGAUGGACGUGGGGGAGAUGGUGGAGAGGCUAGGCCAGCCGGGCUCAUCUCCCCACGGGGAGGUUCGCCAGAGGACGGCCGCCAACGCGCGGGAGAGGGAUCGCACCAACUCCGUCAACACAGCGUUCACGGCGCUGCGCACGCUCAUCCCCACCGAGCCUGCAGACAGGAAGCUGUCAAAGAUCGAGACGCUACGCUUGGCCAGCAGCUACAUAAGCCACCUGGGGAACGUGCUGCUCCUGGGUGAAGGGCUUCACGACGGACAGCCGUGCCACGCUCCCUCACCGCCGUUCUUUCACGUCAGCUCCUCCCCCAACCGAGGAUCCGACCAAUCGGCUCAGCCGAAGCACAUCUGUACCUUCUGCCUCAGCAACCAGAGGAAAAUGAACAAAGACAGAGAUAGGAAGACGGCCAUCAGAAGCUAACAACGAGGACACAAACCACGUGGAUAAAAUGCUCAUCACUCUGACAGCCCUUCCAGUGAAUUUACGAUUGCUGCAACUUGAGGGACUCGUGAUGCAUUUCAAAGACUUUUUAAGGACUUCUGUAGCACUUCCAGGACUUUUCAAGGAACCUUUUUGAUUUCUUCUUCUCUUUCUUUAAAGGAACUUCCUAUUAUUUCUCAGAGUUUUGAAACAUUUAACGGUACUUUCAAAGUGCUUUGACAACCAUCCUUUUUUUUUUUUUUUUUUUACUGUACUGCUCAGUGACUCUUUGCUCAGAGUCAGAAGAACUUAUGGCACAUGAUCGUAAAACACACCAAACCCACACACAUUUGUAUUCAUCGAAACCUGUGUGGCACUAACGUGUAAACUGAAAUAUAAAUGUAUAUUUAUGUGAUAUAACAUUAUAUAAUGAAACUAUGUUAUUUAACAUAUGGCAUAUGACAUUUUUGACUUUUUUAAGGUACAAACUUUGGGUUUGUGGCAUCACAAAAAAAAAAAAAAAAAUGCUGGAAAAUGAGUUGGUUUCGGUUAUUCCUAAUAAUCAUUUCUGAAUGUGUGAAAUGAAUCAAGACGACCAAUAAAUUGUUUGUAUAUCUGGAAGCGAAUUCGUUCUUAUGUUUUCUCAUAUUUUGAGCAGAUUGGACCAAUAAACAUCAUAAACGUU